UAAUAGGAGUUGAGGGUUUCGUUGGGCGAUGGAUCGUAGAAAUGCUUAUUAAGCGUGGCGAAAAAAAUAUAGCUGUUUUUGACAUUGUACAGCGGUAUUUUGAUAAAGAACUUACACAUUAUACUGGUGACCUUAGUAAUUACAAUGACAUUAAUGAAGCCAUUCGAAGAAGCAACGCUACGAGCGUGAUUCACACAGCUUCUCCACCGCCUACAGGUGUAAUUUCUAAAGAAUUGUUCUGGAAGGUUAAUGUUGACGGUACAAAAAAUGUAAUCGCUUCUUGCAUUGCUAAUGGUGUUAAAAAAUUGGUGUAUACUAGUAGUUCAAGUGUCGUUUACGAUGGAAUUAACGAAAUAAUUAAUGCGGAUGAAACCGCACCUUUUCCUGAAACACAUAUGGAUGCCUAUAAUGAAACAAAGGCAAAAGGUGAAAGGCUUGUGCUCGAAGCGAAUGGAAAUAACGGCCUUCUUACAUGUGCCAUUCGUCCAUGUGGUAUUUUCGGUCCAAAUGACACACAGAUGAUUCCAUCCGCAAUCAAAAUUAUGCAACAAGGUCAAUCAAAAUUUCAAAUCGGCGAAAAUUCCAAUUUAGUUGAUUGGACUUAUGUUGAAAACGUUGCUCACGCACAUUUAUUGGCUUCUGAUAAAUUAUUUGAUGGAAGUCCGGUUGCAGGAGAGGUAUUUAAUAUUACAAAUGGUACGCCGAUACCAUUCUGGGACUUGAUAAG